AACAGCCCUGACAUGUUUCUCUAGCUCUUUGUUUCCUCCCACUCAGAUCGACAAGCACAGCGACGGGUGCAACCACUGAGAUUUACUGCGUCGGCAUGUUUUUAGAUCAGAGUUCAAACCGAUUCCUGUUCUGAGGAAGUUUUCAACUUUGUCACUGCUACUGAGAGGGGAAAAUGGCGCAGAGAGGAAUUCAGCUCGACGGAGAUAAUUAUUCCUGUUCCAUCUGUUUGGAUCUGCUGAAGGACCCGGUGACCAUUCCCUGUGGACACAGCUACUGUAUGACCUGUAUCGCAACCCACUGGGAUGGAGAGGAUCACAACAAGAGAAUCCACAGCUGCCCUCAGUGCAGGGAGACCUUUAAGAAGAGGCCCGUCCUGAAGAAAAGCACAAUCUUAGCAGCUCUCGUGGAGGACCUGAGGAACACUGGACUCCAAGCUGAUCCGGCGUACCGCUGCUAUGCUGGACCGGGAGACGUGGCGUGUGACGUUUGCACUGGGAGGAAGCUGAAAGCUGUCAAGUUUUGUUUAGCCUGUCCAGCCUCUUACUGCGAGUUUCACCUCCAGCCUCACUACGACGCUCCACCGCUACAGAAGCACAAGCUGGUGGAGCCCUCCAGGAAGCUCCAGGAGAACAUCUGCUCCUGUCACGAUGCGGUGGCUGGGGUUUUCUGUCACUCUGAUCAGCACUGCAACUGUUCUCACUGCUUGACGGACGAGCAUAAAGGCCAUAAAAAGGCUUCAGCUGCAGCAAAAGUGUCUGAGAAGCAGAAGAAGCUUCAGGCGAGGCGACAACAAAUCCGGCAAGGAAUCUGGAGCCGGGAGAAGGACGUGAAGCUGCUUCAACAGGAGGCGGAGGACAUCGGCGUCUCUGCUGACAGAGCGGUGGAGGAGAGUGAGAAGAUCUUCGCUGAGCUCAUCCGUCUCAUCGGGAAACGAAGCUCCGACGUGCAGCAGCAGAUCAGAUCCCAGCAGGAAACCGAAGUGAGCCGAGUCAGAGAGCUUCAGCAGAAGCUGGAGCAGGAGAUCGCUGAUCUGAAGAGGAAAGACGCUGAGCUGGAGCCGCUCUCGGACACGGAUGACCAGAGCCGGUCUCUCCACAGCCACCCCUCGCCGUCAGCGUUCGGUGAGCCGACACACGCAUCCGGCAUCGGCAUCCGUCCUCGCCGAUACUUUGAGGAUGUGACGGCGGCCGUGUCGGAGCUGCGGGAUAAACUCCAGGACCUUCUGAGAGACGCGUGGACGAACAUCUCGGGGGCGGUCAGCGAGGUGGAUGUUUUACUGUCGGAGCCAGAGCCGAAAACCAGAGCUGGAUUCUUGAAGUAUUGGAAAGAAAUCACGCUGGACCCAAACACGGCGAACAGACACGUGAGAUUGUCUGAGGAGAACAGAAAAGCAACGGUGCUGAAACCACAACAGGCUUAUUCUGACCAUCCAGACCGCUUCACCGCUUGGCUCCAGGUCCUGAGCAGAGAGGGUCUGACGGGUCGUUGCUACUGGGAGGUGGAGUGGACGGGGAAACGGGUUGAUAUAGCUGCUUCGUACAAGUCAAUAGCCAGAGCGGGAAACUUGGACGAGUGCGAGUUUCGCUCCAAUGACAAGUCUUGGUGUUUAUAUUGUGACCGAAGCGGCUACUCGUUUUGGCACGACCGAAAUAAAACCCCAGUUUCGGGUCCCGUCUCGUCCAGAGUGGGAGUGUACCUGGAUCACAGAGCAGGCACUCUGUCCUUCUACAGCGUCUCCGAAACCAUGACUCUCCUCCACAGAGUCCUGGCCAAGUUCACUGAUCCGCUGCACGCUGGAGUUGGGUUUUAUAAGGACGGAAUCUCUGCUAGGUUUAUGAAAUUGAAAUAGGAUUCGAGCUCGGUGUUGUGCCAUUUCUCCACUGCGCUGAGGUUAAGUGGCUUUAAUGCUAUAACCUGGUUGUGAUUUUUCUCCUUUUGGAGUUUGUUUAGGUGUUGCGUCUUCCUGUUUCUGCUUAUUGCUGCUAAGGAGGAUUUUUAUUCACCUGCCCCCUAACCACAGAGGGUGUGCGCGUGUGUGUGUGUGUGUGGGGGGGGGGGAUAACUUAUACACAUUAUGUCAUGAUUCAAUUCUAGCCAAUCAAAUGGUAAAAUGAUGACAUUUAAAGCAAAGGAGUCCUGGUGGUUCUCUAUGCUGGAGUAUGACGCCUGGCUGAAUCACAGCUUUGCGCAGCAACCCUAAAUCAAUGUCACGCCCUGUAUGUACUUGCGUCAUGUGUCACCUAAAAAUAUUCUCAUUCAUGUUAACAUCCCUUAGCAUGCAAGAAAAAUGCCAAAUAUUCUACAUUACACAUUUUUUUUAGAAAAUCAUCAAAACACUUUUCCCCCCUCACACCAGAGAUACCAGAGGGGCUGCUUCUUUUUGAGUCACAUCUAAGUGUGAGCCAAGAGCAUUCUUUCUUCUUUAGCCAAUCCUCCCUGAAGCAAAGUGCUUUACCUAUACUGGCUCAGGAGCGCACACCUCUGAGGAGACAUUUGUCUCGUAACAUUUUCUGCCUUUCUAGGCCAUCAGGCUGGCAGAUCAAGGUCAUGUUCCUGUUUUUGAUGGGCAUGUAUCCCUCUAACGUAACCUGUAUAAAAGACAGACGGUCUCCGCCGAGGGGAAAUGAAUAAGAUAAAAUGGUGAAAUUUGCCCUGCCUAAAUCUUAAUAAUAAAAUCUACCUGUCUAUCACCUGCAUCUAACCUGGAGUCUGGAAACUAGUGGAAGGGCUGAUAAUAACACAUCAGUAGCAGGGCCAGCAGGAAUUAAAUUACAGAAAGUACAGGUUGUUAUCUACAAAUAACAAUAACAUCUUAUAUUCUCCAUGUCAA